AAGGGAAGUUGGUCUAGGAGGGCCAAGGUUAUCCACCCAAGGAGGUCGACCACCCUCUAUGCUAAGCUUUUGGUGGUCAAUAUAACGUCAAUUCUCCCAAACAUGUUUGAGGCGAAAAUGACGGUGAUGUCCGUUGACGUAACUGCGAGGCGACCACAAGACUCUGCUCCCACCUCGCCGGCUAAAAGCAUUAACCAAACAAGGUGGGAAGCCGCGACACUAGGCUGGUGAAGAUUAAUUAUGAUGCAAAUCCAUGAAGAAGUUUCUCUCCCUCGUGCAUUCCUUCUGCAGGGCAGUGGAAUUGGUCCCGACGCCAACUGCAACCCUCACAUCUCACAGUCACAGCUCCUGCAACGGCAUUCCAUGGAGACAGUACUAUCACACUACCACCAACUUCUUCCAACUUAACGCAAUUCGAACUUACGCCACCACAAAGCACCGCUCCACUUCCAGUCGAAGGAGAAAACGCGCCGACGAAGGCAAGAGAAGUGCAGCAGCAGCAGUAGAAGAAGAAGAAGAAGUGCCAUGGACCGAUCAACAAUUAGAAGUACUUAAAGCUGUUGCCGAGGGGCAGUCCGUCUUCAUCACUGGCUCCGCUGGAACGGGGAAAACCAUCUUGCUCAGGCGCGUCGUCGAGGUCCUCAAGCAAAUUCACAACCCUAAGCAUGUCUUUGUCACCGCCUCCACGGGUGUCGCCGCGUGUGCCCUCAAUGGCCAUACCCUUCAUUCAUUUGCCGGGAUUGGACGUAGGACCCAAGACCGGGAGGCCAUGCUCUUCAAUGCUACAUCCAACAAGGGGGCUUUCUACAGAUGGAAGAGGGCUAAGGCAUUGGUCAUUGAUGAGAUUAGUAUGGUGGAUGCUGACUUGUUUGAUACACUAGGGUACAUAUCUGGAGAGAUUCGAUACGAAAAGAGCUCCGAAAUCUGGAGUGGGAUACAGCUCAUCGUCAGCGGUGACUUCUUCCAGCUUCCUCCUGUAUGGAAUCGUUUAUCUUCAUCUGAGUCUGGCAAGGAAUUCGCGUUUGAGGCUGAUUGGUGGAAUGAUAGCUUCGACCAGCAAAUUGAGCUAACACAAGUUUUCCGGCAGUCUGACUUGAAACUGAUUGAAUUGCUUCAGGGGAUAAGGAGAGGGGAAACUGAUCCUGAAAUGUUGAGGCUUCUGUACUCUAGGACGGUGACAAGCGAGCCGGAUUCCAAGGUUAUUCGCCUCUUUCCAAGGAAGGAUGAUGUCAACAGAGUUAACCAAGAGAGGCUGAGAAGCUUGGGCCGGGAGACUAUUACGUAUACAGCGCUGGAUGUUGGGCAGGAGCCUUGGAAGAGCGAACUCAAAUUGGGGAUUGCUCCGGACGAGGUAGAGCUCUGUGUGGGUGCAAGGGUAAUGUUGACCAAGAACAUUGCUCUGUCGGAUGGGCUGGUUAAUGGUGCCACUGGUACGAUUACGGGUUUUAUCAAGCCGAAGAGGACGGUGGUCAUGGAUAUAUGUUGCAGUCGGCUUUUACCUGUAGUCAAAUUUGAUUCGGGGCUAGAGAUGGUGAUAAAGCCUGAGACGUGGGAUGUAAUGGAGGGUGAUGCCGUGGUUGCCACACGCAAGCAGGUUCCGCUCAUGCUUGCAUGGGCUCUCAGCAUUCACAAGUGUCAGGGAAUGACUCUAAACUGCCUUCAUACUGAUCUUUCCAGAGCUUUUGGCUGUGGGAUGGUCUAUGUAGCACUUUCCCGAGUCAGGAGCUUGGAGGGCCUUUACUUAUCUGGUUUCAAACCCUCAAAGAUUAAGGCACACCCAAAGGUCUUGGAGUUCUAUCAGAGAUUUUCUAAUAGCCAAGACUGAUCAUCCUUUUAUCUGCCAAGGUAAGCCAGGGCCAUCUGGAAUUGGUGGGAUUCUGAGAGACAAAGACAGCAAUAUGUUCUCUUUUUUCAGGACCAGUGGGUGAAAGUGAUUUUGUAAGGGCAGAGUUACUAGCAGCGGUACAAGGUAUACAGAUGGCUAGUCAAAUUGGAGUGAACAAUUUGUUAGUAGAAAGGGAUUCCAAGGUAGUAGUGGGCUGGCUGAAUAGCCCAGAUACAGCUUGCUGGGGCUAUAGGGACCUGUUAAAGAAAGUUAAAUGGAUGACAAGAAAUAUGACUGUCAGGUUUCCGUGGGUCAGCAGAUCAGCAAAUACAAUGGCUGAUUCUCUGGCCAAGCAAGGGGUGUCAAGGGGAGAUCUGUUUUGGGCUACUUUGUAAUUUGUGUUUCAGGCUUGGGCAUGCCUAGUGUAUAUGAUUCAGUCCUUGGGGGAGGUAACAUCUCAUGCCUCUUCCUAGGCUGAUUGUAUUUUCUUUAUUUGAAUUAAUAAAACUACUCUCAUUUAUAAAAAAAAUGUAUAUUGUGUUUUCUGUUAUUUUGCUUGACCGUUUAUGUGGAUUCUACCAGUGAAUGAGAUUUUCAAUUCCAGAAAAGUGAAGAAGAAGCUGACAGACUUUACUAAAGAGCUGUUUUUCUGGAGGCUGUAGAGAAUAAUUAUGUUUAUUGUACUGUGGGGAUAUUUAUGCCCUUCACUUGUAAUGGGUAGUUAUGUCUUUUUGAUUCUUUUACUUAUAGGGGAUAUAUAGGUCUUUUUAUAGUUUUUGUACCCAACUCUAAAAUGAUUGCAUAUUGUUCAUCCCUUCACAUCUCUCUCUCUCUCUCUGUGUGUGUGUGUGUGUGUAUAGCUCUAAACUGAAGGAUAGUUC